AUGAAAGUUUUGGAACUGAAGCUUGAGCUUGAACAUGCAGUCUUUCAAUGGCCAGAUCUUCAAGCAGAAGCAGCGGAUGGCCAGUCUGAUAUUUUGUACAAAUUUUGGACUGCAGUAACUCAGACACUUUCCUCUCAGUUUCAGUCAGCAACAGACUCCUCCAUGUUUUUGAAACAAGCUUUUGAAGGAGAAUACCCUAAAUUACUGAGACUUUAUAAUGACUUGUGGAAGCGCCUGCAACAAUAUAGUCAAAAUAUCCAGAGGAAUUUUAACACAAGUGGAACUACUGAUCUCUUUGCUGAACUACAACAAAUGGAAGAUGAGACACAGGACAUAUUCAUGCAAAAAAACCAAGAUUAUGAUCCAGAAAAGGCCUUGAAAGAUUCACUGCAACAAUAUGAAGCUGCUUAUUUGUCCAAAUCCUUAUCUCGACUCUUUGACCCCAUCAAUCUUGUCUUCCCUCCUGGAGGUUGGAAUCCUCCUUCUUCUGACGAACUUGAUAGCAUCAUUAAAACUAUAGCCAG